CUUUAAGAGGACUUUACCUUUAUCUCACCUGACAGGUCGGGACACACCUGAGACCAACUUCCGGGAGACUUUCACAACAACAACAGCAGCAGCGGGGGAAGACACAGUAGAAGAGAAGAGAAGAAGAGUGUACAGACAGGCAGACAGACAUGUCUCUGCUGACAGACAGCCAGUGUCUGACAGGAAGUACCAGGAUGGAGGACAGCGGGGGGGUGAAGGUGAACCAGAUGGACGGAGAAGACGAGUGGGAGGAGACCGGAGACAGACAGACAGGUGGACAGACAGGUAAAGGUGACCGGCUUAGUGUGAGGUCAGCGGCGAGCUGGACAGAGAGUCAGCUAGAGGGGGCGGGGCUUAGGACGCCACUGGAGGCGGAGCCUGAGAGUCAGAGAGAAGGGGCGGGGCUUAGGACGCCGCUGGGGGCGGGGCUUAGGACAGCGCUGGAGGCGGAGCCUGCAGAGAACGAGCUGCCGGAGCACGCAGCGCAGGUGUUCAGUCCAUCAGUCGCUGUCCUCCACUGCCCCAACUCACCCAGAGACACUGAGGCAUUCUGGGAAAUGGAGUCUGAGAAGAGACCCUUCCUGGGCCCCCGAGGAGAACCACAGGACUACAACCAACAUGGCUGCCACUACGAGGACAUGCCGCCUGCCAGAUGUGGGCCUGGCUGUCUGAGCCGGGACGUCCUGAAAGGGGGCGUGUCCCUGAUGACAUCACUGCUGUUAUUCCCCCUGCUGGUGUGGGGGGGGUUCCUCUUCCUGCCGUUCGACGCCCCGCUGAUGGACGGGGCCGCGCUGAGACUCGUCUACGUGCUGCGCUGCUCCGUGUUCGCCUCCAUCCCCAUCGCACUGGGUUGGCUAGUGCUCGGUGCCAGUCGACUCAGGUCCUCUGGGGUUGGUCCUCGGUUUGAUGACGAGUUGAAGGAGGCGGAGCCUCAGGAGGUCUCCGUCCACCGGCGCUUUGUCUCUGACUCCGCCUCCUUGUUCCUGAUCUACUUCCUGCAGCUGGUCGUCAUGGCGAUGUACCUGAGCCAGCACCAGCUGAAGCUCGUCCCGCUGCUGACCAUGGUCUUCGCCUUCGGACGGCUGGUUUACUGGGUGGCGGCGGCGUGCGGCAGCAGCGUCCGGGCGUUCGGUUUCGGCCUCUCCUUCCUGCCGAGUCUCGCCAUGAUGGCCGCCAACAUCUACUUCCUGUUCACGGUGGAGGCGGAAGGGUCCAUCUUCAGCCUGGUGCCGGGGGGGGACGCGCUGACCCCGCCCCCCGCCAGACAGAGGUUCUGGGGGUGACAUCAUCACUCAGAGGUUCUGGGGGUGACACCAUAUGACAUCAUCACUCAGAGGUUCUGGGGGUGACAUCAUAUGACAUCAUCACUCAGAGGUUCUGGGGGUGACAUCAUCACUCAGAGGUUCUGGGGGUGACAUCAUAUGACCUCAUCACUCAGAGGUUCUGGGGGUGACAUCAUAUGACAUCAUCACUCAGAGGUUCUGGGGGUGACCUCAUCACUCAGAGGUUCUGGGGGUGACAUCAUAUGACAUCAUCAUCUGACACAUUUAUUUUAUUUCAGUUUUUUUAUGUUGAUAAAGUUUUAUUCUUUGUCAGAUAAAUGUUUAAGAGGCGCCUUUAAGCCCCGCCCACUCCAUCUGUUUGUUUCAUUCAUUUUUAACAUAUUCAGUUUUGUUGGGGAACCACUUCCUGUUGUCAUUCUGUGAACUUCCUGUUGUCUGUCGCUACAGUGAUUUAGUAAAAUCAUUAAAUAUUUGAUGCUCAGUUUAAAGAGCUUGUUUUUCAUAUUUCAGAUUAAACUUUUACUCACAAA